AUGUCAGCCGAAAGAGAAGCGCCAGGGGAAGACAGUAUUCGUGUAGUGUGUCGUUUUCGACCUUUAAAUGAUGCCGAAGAGAGAGCUGGAUCGAAAUUCGUCGUCAAGUUUCCACCCGGCACUGACGACCAAUGUAUAAAUUUGGGGGGAAAAGUUUAUAUGUUUGAUAAGGUAUUUAAACCUAAUGCCAGUCAAGAGAAAGUGUACAAUGAAGCAGCAAAAAGUAUUGUAAAAGAUGUCCUAAUGGGUUAUAAUGGCACCAUAUUUGCAUAUGGCCAGACAUCCUCGGGUAAAACCCAUACAAUGGAAGGAGUAAUGGGGGAUCCUCAUUUACAGGGUAUAAUCCCACGAAUUGUCAAUGACAUCUUUAAUCAUAUUUAUGCAAUGGAAGAAAACUUGGAGUUUCACAUAAAAGUCUCUUAUUUUGAAAUCUACAUGGACAAAAUCAGAGACCUUCUUGAUGUUUCAAAAGUCAAUCUUAGUGUGCAUGAAGACAAAAAUCGUAUCCCGUAUGUGAAAGGUGUAACAGAAAGAUUCGUUACAAGUCCGGAAGAGGUGUUUGAGGUGAUUGAAGAAGGCAAAGCUAAUCGACACAUUGCCGUUACAAAUAUGAAUGAGCAUUCUUCCCGAAGUCACUCAGUUUUUCUUAUCAAUGUGAAACAAGAGAACUUGGAAAAUCAAAAGAAACUUUCGGGCAAACUUUAUCUUGUCGAUCUAGCCGGAAGUGAAAAAGUGAGCAAAACAGGUGCUGAAGGAACUGUCUUGGAUGAAGCGAAGAACAUUAAUAAAUCUUUGUCGGCAUUGGGAAAUGUUAUAUCGGCGUUGGCGGAUGGAAACAAAUCUCAUAUUCCGUACCGUGAUUCAAAGUUGACACGUAUUUUGCAAGAAUCUUUGGGUGGUAAUGCUAGGACAACAAUUGUUACCUGCUGUUCGCCAGCGUCGUUCAAUGAAGCGGAAACAAAAACUACGUUGGACUUCGGCCGAAGAGCAAAAACAAUCAAAAACGCUGUCACUGUUAACGAAGAACUUACUGCUGAAGAGUGGAAAAGGCGGUAUGAAAAAGAAAAGGAGAAGGCCCAACGCUAUAAAACGAAACUUGAAAUAGCAGAAGCUGAACUCAACCGUUGGAGAUCUGGGGAAUCUGUUGGUCAGGAGGAGCAGAUCAAUCUGCGAGAUGCAAUGGAUGUAUCUACUAUUAGCGUCGACUUAACUCCUGUGGCCCCGGUUGCUCCCGUGCUGCCUCCAGUUGUUGCCGCACCUGCCGUUCGUGCUGAUUGGGACUCAGAACGUGAACGGCUGUAUCAGCAGCUGGACGAUAAGGAUGAAGAAAUCAAUCAGCAAAGUCAGUUGGUAGAAAAGCUUAAGGAACAAAUGAUGGAACAAGAGGAACUUAUCGGUGCUACCCGAAGAGAUUAUGAAUCGUUACAGCAAGAAAUGAAUCGAAUCCAGGCUGAAAAUGAAUCAGCCAAAGAAGAAGUGAAAGAAGUGUUGCAGGCUCUGGAAGAACUAGCCGUAAACUAUGAUCAGAAGUCUCAAGAAGUGGAAGCUAAAAACCGGGACAAUGAAACAGUAAAUGAAGAAUUAUCUCAACGUCAAAGCCAACUGAACAGCACCCUGUCGGAAUUAGCACAGGUGAAAGAUACUGCCGCACAUCAACGUCGAAAACUAAAUGACUUGUUGACUAGCUUAUUUAAAGAUUUGAAUGAGAUGGGUGUAGCCUUUGGGGCAGAUUUGAAAUCCUCGUUACAACCCUUUGAUUCCAAUAGUAGCAAAUCAGAGGAGGAAUUCACAAUGGCUCGAAUAUAUGUAUCUAAAAUGAAGUCAGAAGUAAAAAAUUUAGUGCAACGAUGCCAGACAUUGGAGUCUUCGCAAAGUGAGUGUUCGAAGAAGAUGGACGAAUCAGAGCGUGAACUAGUGGAUUUGCGUCUCUUGAUAAGCCAACACGAAGCAAAAAUGAAGGCUCUCCAAGAGAAUAUGAAGGAAGUGGAAAACAAAAAACGUCAUCUUGAAGAAGCUGUAGACUCUUUGAACGAAGAGUGCGCUAAACUUAAAGCGGCUGAACAAAUGCAAGCCGUAUCUACCAUAGAUAAAGCAGCUGAACAAGAGCAAGCUCUGUUGAUCAAGGGCGCACUUGAGCAACAACUUGAUCAACAUAGGGAGGCCCAUCAGAAACAGGUGGCAAUGCUUCGUGAUGAGAUCACCGAUAAACAAACGGUCAUUGAAGAUUUACGUGAUUCCAAGCGCGAGUUAACUCUCAUUCAUGAGCAGCUCGUCCGUGAUCACGAGCGGCUUAAACAAGAAGAAUCAGAUAAAAGUCACAAGCUUCAGGAGCUUCUCGGUGCAAACGAGCGUCGUGAGCAAGCCAGACAAGAUUUGAAGGGCUUGGAAGAGACGGUUGCCAAGGAACUUCAAACGCUACACAAUUUACGCAAGCUCUUUGUCCAAGAUCUUCAGUCACGUGUAAAAAAAUCAUUGAGUGGCGAAGAACCAGAAGAUGGAGGCGGCUCACUCGCUCAGAAGCAAAAAAUCAGCUUCUUGGAGAACAAUCUAGAUCAGUUGACUAAAGUUCAUAAGCAAUUGGUUAGAGAUAAUGCCGACUUGCGCUGCGAAUUACCCAAACUGGAAAAACGUCUUCGAGCCACAAUGGAGCGUGUAAAAGUGUUGGAAGCAGCGCUUAAGGAAGCUAAGGAAGGUGCUAUGCGCGAUAGGAAACGUUAUCAAUAUGAAGUGGAUCGCAUUAAGGAAGCAGUUCGGCAAAAGAAUUUAGCCCGUCGAGGUCAUGCGGCUCAAAUCGCUAAACCCAUUCGUGCUGGUCAACAUCCUCAUCAGGCAACUAAUCAGCCAACGGCGAUCGUCGCACCAUCGAUGGCCGUCCCUAAACGCAUUUUAAGUGCUGGAGCUCAACCGAGAAACGACAGCUAAAUUAUUCUUUUGCAUAUUCUGAAAAGCAGCCUCAACGCAUACUCGUAAUUGAUUUCCAUCCUUCACAUUGGUAAAAGGUAUUUGGUAAAUCGUCGGUGCGAUUAAGUCUUAAGGAAAUCGCAGCGUCACGGAUGUUUCCGUUAAAAGAAUGUCUUCGCCUAUGUUUAAUGCACGCACUUUUGGGGCCAUUGCUUCUCUAUUUCAAGGAAUCACAGCAAAACACUGCACGGCACUUGAAAAUGGGCAACCCCUAAACUACAAUAGCUAGCAAAUUUCCAGUGAUUCUUUACUACGCAGAUAUCCCCACUACAGUAUGACAUUCGGCUGGUAUUUCUUGUUGAUUUAUUCCGGUUCAAGUUCCGUUGUUCAAGUUCUUCAGUCGUAUUGGGACAGCAAUAUUUCUUUUCUUCAUUUCUCACUUUUCGCGGUCAAUACCAAAGAAAACCGGGAAAAACUAUUAUAUUACCGCUAAAUUCAAGAAAAAUGGCCUAUAUGAUUUUCCUGCACCUUUUUUUUCGUUUCUACUUGACGAUUUAUCUUUUUACGGGAUUUUUCCCAAUGUAUGCUAAGUAUUCCUUCCGACAUCUAGGUUUAAUUUGCAGUAAUUAUGAAAUAAGGUAAGUCAAUUGUACGAAAGGGGAUAUAUUACACCAACUAAAUAAUUCUGGGAAAUUUUACGAUUUUUUAAUGAUCCCUCAAUGUUUUUUCACCCCUGAACCCCCACCAACUUGAUCUGUUCAUUAGGAUCUUGGCGUAUUUUUUUUUCUUGAUUGCUCCUCGAUUCAAAUACCUUUCAAUUCUGUUUCACCUAUGUUGUCAUUGAAUUCGCCUUUGGUGUAAAUAGAAUUUUGCUUGGCUCGAUGGACGAGCUACUAUCAUUA